AAGAGGUUCCGCGUCGAACAAGCUUCAAGUGACAAAAACAAAGCCAAAAAAAAAAAUAAUAUAACGAAAGAUAAUUCGCUAAAUCCUCAACAACAUAUUAACGGAUAUACUUACAAUCACUCCAUAUCAAAAUGCAGCCCACUUGUGUGAUAGUGCUUGUCUUGGCCGCUGCCGCUUUGGUGGCUGCCCGGCCAGAGCCACCACGUGAUACCUACAGUGCUCCACCAUCGAGCAGUUAUCAGCCGAGUGGUCCGAGUGGAGGCUAUGGCGCCCCAGCCCCUCAAUACGGACCUCCUCAACAGCCUCCCGUAGUGCAUAAGCAUGUCUAUGUCCAUGUGCCACCACCAGAGCCAGAGUAUCAGGCACCAAGGAAACCUCUGUAUGUGCCACCACCACAGAAGCACUACAAGAUUGUGUUCAUUAAGGCGCCAUCGCCGCCAGCACCCACUGCCCCAGUCAUUCCACAGUUCCCACAGAACGAGGAGAAGACACUGGUCUAUGUGCUAGUCAAGAAGCCCGAAGAGCAGCCCGAACUUAUCAUUCCCACACCAGCACCCACACAGCCCAGCAAACCGGAGGUCUACUUCAUCCGCUACAAGACCCAGAAGGAAGAGACUGGACCCUAUCCUAAUAGCAUUGCCCCACCAUCGGAAUAUGGUGCACCAGCAGCUCCGCCAGCUCCCUCUGCUCCAAGCAGCUCAUACGGAGCUCCAUCCCAUUAAAUUUAACAGCGAACACUCACAAGGAACUCCCAAUCACAUACAUACAUAUCUCAUGGUUUUAACCUUCUUACUCAAAUUUUUCAGCAACGAAAAAAAGGAAAAAAAAAAGAUAAUGAAAUCGACGAACGAAAAAACGUGUGACAAAAUUUACGAACCAAAAAACAAAAAAAAGAACCCGAAUCCUUUUGCAUUUCCCAAUCAUUUGGGAAAUUUCAUUUCAUUAUUUGUUAAAUCUUAAUACCUCCAUAAGUUGUUUCUUCAUUCAUUAUAUAGGCUGUUUGUUUCAAAUUGUUUUUGCUUAGGUUUUAAGGUCAAUUAGUUUGUUUAAGCAGAUGCGUUAUACAACAAGAUAUAUUACAGAUAUAUAUACAUACAUACACUCCUCACAUCGAACUAGCCUUAGUUAUACGUACAUGAUACUUGAUAAUCCAAUUCCGUAAUGCAUUUCACAAAUGACAAAAAAAAACAACAACAAAACAAA